UGCUCUCUCUCGCUCUCUCUCUCUCGCUCGAACGCGCACUUGACCUCGACUCGACCCCGGACGGCUGCUGUUAGUGAGCUAGCUGGCUACACGGACCUUGACCUUGAAGGCCACAACCCGCGGCUCCUUCCCACUGUGCCCAUCUUUUCCUCCAUCUCCCCUUUGCCCGCCAUCAUGGCUGCUUUGAUUCUCAGAAGUAGUAGUCGGAGAAGUCGUGCUUUGGUAGCCACCACCCACAAGUGGCUGCUUUCCCACCAGCUCUCGCACUCCACCGGCCCCAACCUUGCCCGGAGCUAUGCCACCGCUCCAACGGGCCCCACCUACGCUUCGACUGCUUUUCUCCACCAGCGCCUGCGCCCACAGCGCUCUCAAAAUUCCCACGGGGCCAAGCUCAACCCAGACAAGGGCUCCGCCUCUGGCCUCGCUGCGGGUCGCUCUUUCAUGCGCACCCAGUCGGGCACUGGUGACUCCCUGCAAGUUUCCCAACAGAAAAAUUGGCAAUGCAUCAUCUUUGACAAGGAUGGCACCCUCUUUGAUACUCGGAAAACUUGGCAUGCAUGGGCCGAGUGUAUGGGCCAACACCUGACCGACGCCUGCUCUCAGGACGCCUGCUCCACGUUUUUCAAACAUGUGGGCUACGAUCCUGAGACCCGUGCCAUUGCCGGCAACGGCCUUUUGGCCAUGCGGCCCUGGACUGAGAUCUACGAUGCCAUGGCCAUCAUCCUCUCCUCCUGCUCUAACCAAGAGCUCGAGGACUGCGUCGCAUCCGUGGGCCAGUGGCGCCGUGAUUUUGACAUGGUUGAGGGCCAGGAACUCCUCUUUGACGUCGCUGACCUUUUUACCCAACUACGUGCCUCUGGUGUUAAGGUGGCCAUCAAUACAGCUGAUGAUCGCCUCUCUACGGAUGGCAUCCUGGCCAAAUAUGGCCUAACCGACCUGGUCGAUAUUGUGUUGACCAGUUCUGAGAUGCCCCAUCCCAAGCCCCACCAGGACAGCGCCCUUUUCAUCUGCUCAUCGCUCUCGGUGGAUCCUGAGCUCACCAUGGUCGUCGGCGAUACUUCGGCCGACCUUCUCCUCGGUCGCAACGCCAAUCUGGGCCUGUCUGUUGGUGUCCUCUCCGGUGCUUGCACGAAGGAGGAGCUCUCUCGCAACAGCGACAUCAUUCUCAAAGAUGCGCGCGGUGUUUUGCAACUCAUCAAUGCCCCCCUUGACGCUCUUGAGGGUUAAGCCAUGUCAUUGUUUGCCAUGCUGACUCUCCUACACAUGAUCUUUAUUUGCUGCCUUGUGUGUUUGAAUUCUUGAUUUUCUUUCUUUUUCCUCCACUCCGGUUUCGGGUUUCCAUUUUCUUUUUUUGUGGUUUGACCUGCCCGUGUUACGUUGAUGAGUGAGUACCGAGACUCGAUGUGUUUUCUUUCUCAAGGCUGUCUUUUAAACAGCCAUGUGAGCUGACCUUGAUCUUCUGGUCCUCCCACCCGUUGUGGUCGCAUCUUUUCUCUUCUCUCUCCUCAACAUCUCGUUGUUGUCAUGUUUGAUUGACCAUCCCCUUCGAUGACCAUUGUUUUCCGUUUCGAGACUUUUUUGCUUCUUCUUCUUCUUCUUUUUUUGAACUGUAGCUGAGCUUUUGAUAGACAAUAAAAUUUUUUUAUCAUCAACUUUGUUCCGUGCCCUCUGUUUACAUUGGGGUGUGCCGUGCACAAUCGCGUGUAGUUGUCUGCUUGUGUUUUUGUUUUUUAAUCUUGCCGUAUCCCUUUGUAGUUGUUUUCUGCUUUUGCUGUGACGCAUCUGGCUCUUUUGCCUGAAUGUAAUCACACACACACACACACCGCCAUGCGGCUGUUCAUGUAUUUUCCUAUCGGGUCUUCGGGUUUGUAUGCUCCCAAAUUUUGUGUCUUCUGAAGAUGACACCUUCAAUCGAGCGAUAUUAAAC